CGCGAACGCAUUUUAACAAACCCCUUCAAGGCACUCUCUAGAUGAAGCUGUAAUUGAAAGGUGUCCCCCAUAGAUAUGGCGAAAGAAGGUAAAAAACCACAGAAGCAGAAGAAACCAUCUGUACCCAAUAGAGAUGGCUUUUCAAGAGCUUCUUUCCUGUAUCAAGCGGCACACGUUACCAAGGACCCCGAAGUUUCACGAAUGUACAUUAGGCUAAUGGAUCUCGUCACGAAGAGAACUGUUCUUAAAGUAAGCCCUCAUGUUAAAAGAAGCAUUUGUAAGAGUUGUAAUAGACUACAGCAACCUGGGAAAACUUCCAUGAUGACUUUAGAGGAGGAAGGUAAGAAAUCAGAAACUCUACAAAUCGAAUGUGUUUGUGGAACUACGAAACGAUUCCCCGUGGGCAAGAACAAGGACUAUAUACCCUUUGUCGACAGGAAAGGAUAAUAUCAUACAUACUUCCUCAUAACGACGUCGAUGACCUUUCUUUUUUCAAUUAGCGUAUAAUAUGUACACGUAUCGG